CGCGCGCGGCGCGGCCGUCCCUUCCCCCCUCGUCACAGCGCGCGCCUGGAACCCGUCGCCGCCGCUGCCUGGGCCGCCGCGGCCGGUUGUCGUCAUGAGUUCUCCGUGGGAUGAGCUGACCCUUGCCUUUUCUCGCACGUCUAUGUUCCCCUUUUUUGACAUCGCCCACUACCUGGUGUCCGUGAUGGCGCUGAAGCACCAGCCGGGAGCAACAGCUGUGGCAUGGAAGAAUCCUCUAUCAAGCUGGUUUACUGCUAUGCUCCACUGCUUUGGUGGAGGAAUAUUAUCCUGUAUACUGCUUGCAGAGCCUCCAUUGAGGUUUCUUGCAAACAACACUAAUAUAUUAUUAGCCUCUUCAAUCUGGUAUAUUAUAUUUUUUUGCCCAUAUGACCUAGUUUCCCAGGCCUAUUCUUUCCUACCUGUCCAACUGUUGGCUGCAGGAAUGAAGGAAGUGACCAGAACUUGGAAAAUAGUAGGUGGAGUCACACAUGCUAAUAGCUAUUACAAAAAUGGCUGGAUAGUCAUGAUAGCUGUUGGAUGGGCCCGAGGUGCAGGUGGUAGCAUUAUCACGAGUUUUGAGCGCUUGGUAAAAGGAGGUUGGAAACCGGAAGCUGAUGAAUGGCUAAAGAUGUCCUACCCUGCCAAGAUAACCUUGCUUGGGUCAAUUAUCUUCACAUUCCAGCAGACCAAACAUCUGUCAGUAGCAAGGCAUAACCUUAUGUUCUUUUAUACCGUGUUUCUUGUAGCCACAAAGAUAUCCAUGAUGAUUACAGAGAGUUCUACUACAUUUUUUGCUCCUAUUGAGGAUGCUUUGAGUCGGAUGCUGUUUGGCAGGCAGCAACACUUUACAUCACCUGAAAAGAAAAGUGAAACCAAAUCAUCUUUCAAUGGUACUGGUUCAUCGACUUCAAAAGCUGCAGCCGAUGCUUCAGAUAAGGUUAAAAAGAAACAUACGAAGAAGACUGAGUAAAUUUAUUUGAUGAACUCUA